AUGGCCCAGUACAUUAAAAACCAAAUUGUAAAGCACCUGUCGCGGUUUGCCAAGAACAUCGCCGCUGACAAGAUCACCGUUGAAGUGCUGAAGGGCAGAGGUGAGCUAUACAACAUUGAGCUGAACGAACUGGUCCUCACCGAAGUGCUGGAACUGCCGGCAUGGAUGCGAAUCCAGCGUGCCGUUUGUAGUCGCAUCAUUCUUAAGGUAAUUCCGUGGACGCGGUUAAACAAAAGCCCGAUCGUUGAUAUGUUUAGUAGCGACGAGAUGAGCUAUGGUUUUGCGGCACACGUGAUUGAAGGCAUGAGUUUGUUCAUAAACGCGAUCGAAGUCGUGUUUACCUCAGAGAUGUUCGGCGGUUCGCUGUUGCUGUCGCGUAUCACAGUGGAAAGUUGCAACCCUCAUUGGAAAGAUGCUUCAGAUUUGAGGAAAACCCGUCUUUUGGAGCCUACUCAGAAUCUAGUGCUUCUUUUCAAGCGUAUUUCCUGGCAAACCCUUCGCCUCGAGGCUUCUACCCUCGGCAGCUCGAUCUCCACAGGAUACAACAUCAAUGCACCUCUGCGUCUCAUCACAAGUCUGGGUCGGUGCAGAAUCACCUCGAAAAAGUCCGUUAGAGAUGGCACGCUUGUUCGAGGACGAGUAUCAGUGAUCCUCGAUGAUCUGCUGUGGGUAGCGACGCUUUCGGAGCUGCAGUCUGCGGUCGGCUUUUACCACUUCGUUUCGUCCUUAGUUCAGAAAGUUGCGGCAGCAAAAAAUUCGACCUCCGGGACGUUCGUUUUUAGCAGCAAAAUGUCUUCGUAUCCGUCGACCGCCGCUGACGCUACCUUCAGAAAAUUUGACGUGAAGGAAAGUUCGUUCCACUUUUACAUAGGCAAUGUUGAUUUGCAUAUCUGUGAUGAAGAAACCGACAAGAAUUAUCCAAUUGAUUGGGAGAUCCGCAACGGUGCCAUAAAGCUGUCGUUUACGAAACUUGCCUUCGACGCUUAUCCAUACCACAUUGCCGGUACUCAACACUGUUUUUUAAUCCGUCAGAACUUGACGCGAUUCGUUUAUUUUAGGCAGCUCCAGGGAACAUUGGGUAUUUUAUCAACAGGUCAAGUCUCAGCAAUGGAUUCAAAACAGAUAGACUGGAAUGGAGGUAUAAAGAUAAACGGAGAGCCGAUGGGUCAUCUCAAAUUCGCUGAAGACGGCGUGUUGAUUGCUGAGAGUCCCAGAGAAAUCCAAGAUGCGCUACAAGAAGUCGAUAAAGAACGUUGCAAAGUCAGAUUGAAGGGCAAACCAUCAGAGCAACGUAUAUGUAAACUGCUUUCCUAUAGAAGGCCCAAAUCACCGUUAAUGAAGAGGCUAUGGAAGAAAUGA